UAAACUGAACGAUUCAUUCAGGAUUUGAACCGUUUGGAAGGAUUUAUUUUCCCGUUACUUCUCUGCGUCGGACGACCAUCACUUUUAGCAAGUAUAUAAGAUUGCUCAUCACCUUUUUCCAGACUGAAGUUCAGCAUCAUCCAGCACUGGGUCCAGCAUCCUCUGCACCCCUGUUGAAUCACGAACAACUGAAUGGAGACCCGGACGUGAUAUCGAUGAAAGGAAGAUGCAAUUCAGCCAGAUGAUGGAUGUCCUCGGUUGAAGAGGCCGUCCCUUUCUGCAUUUUUCUUCUUCGUCCUCCUUUCUAGCUGUUUGCUGCUUGGUUGUUGUCUUCCCUUCUGCUUAAGGGGUGCUGUUCCCCAAAACCASCCAUUCCUUAUCGGUUAAGAUGCACUUUUGUGACCAAGUAAACUGAAAACUCGGAGAUGCUUUUAUCAUUGGUGUCAGAGUGAAAAUCUAGACUGCAAACCCCAACAAAGUGUUUUAUUUGUCUUUAAAACAYCCUCUUGCCCUGCUGUGGGACCUUUGAUCUCUUGAACCCCWAGAWGACUCUAAAAACCAUGUCCCAUCCCAUGUAUAACCCCUAUGCUUCUGGGAGUCAAGGUUCCUCCCAGGACCAGUAUAAACCUCCAGGGCGAUUGGAGAGGGAACAAUGGAGGGCRCAGCAUCACGUUGGACCUGAUUUCGGCUUCAGCUCUUCUGCAGGUUCCUCUUCAACUCCCRACAACUUGGAGAGAACAGCCCCACAGUAUCAAGAGGYGCRGGCGGGCUACAGACCCGAGCAGAGGAUGGUCCGAUCAGAAAGGGACGUAGAACCCUCUGUUGGCUCGUACCUCACCAGAGCCCGAGAGGAAGUGAGACAUCAGCCUUUAARUCACGGUUUUACUCAAAGAGACGAGCRAUUUCCUUCGAGCGUUGAGRUGCCRCCCUAUCCAGACGCGGAAAGGCGCCAGGUGUCUGAUGUCGGAAGCUACAGCAGUUCCUUGAACUGGUUGCAAAUCUGCAAAAAACCCACACAGAGCACUCCUUCAACGUCUUACUCAAUGGCUUCGUCCGACUUUCACGGCAGCGGAGGCGGCGCUACUUUUUUCACUCCUGCCGACAGACAACAAGACAGACAAGCAUUGGGCAGCUUCGAUGGUCCGAUGCCAGAACAACCGGUGCAGCGCUCGCAGCCCAGAGGUCCACAGUACACCGCAGAUAUUGCUACAAACAUCCUUGAGCAGUUUGGUCUGGAAAAAGAYGACUUGGAAUAUCUCCUUUCUUACCCUGAAGAUCAGCUCAGCUCAAACAAUCUGCCUUUUAUCUUGAAGCAGAUUCGCCUUCAGAAACAGGAAAAAGCUGCAAAAACGCAACCUUACCCUGACMCCCAGCCCACCCCGAGCUUUAGUGGGAUGGACAGGUUGAGCGGCUCUAGAGAGACGGGGGUUUGCAAGGACACUGUCAAACCGUCAAACCCUAUUAAAAUYAGUAAGGUGAUUGAGUAUGGGCACACRRCGAAGUAUACCGUGGCCGGGACUCMGGCUGAAAUGACCAGCAGAGUUACCAGUGGUGGGAUGGAAGGUAGGCUUGACCCUCACAAAGACAAGCCGCAAAGUAGAUCAGAAGUGAAGAGCAGUGCCACACUUUCUUCGCUUGACCAGCUGGGUACAGCUCCCAUCUUCRGUCCAACCAGGACCUCUGUGGCUCCUCCCACCAGCGGUCCAACUGGUCCGACCCAAACCAAACCAAGCAAGGCUCCUAAAAGAACCUUCACCCUUUUCCCYGUUUUACAKAAAGACRCAGACGCAAAGGUUUACAACRCAGAACCUCCUAAACCCAUGACGUCACAAAAACCAGGGCAAGAUCCCCAAAAACCAUCCRCUCCCCAAUCCCUCCAAGAAAAACCCAUCAAGAUCGUCCUCGACGCCAGUCGCAACGUUCAGGGCAGAUCUCAGAAUCAGCCGCAGGAACCGAAGAGUCAGCAAAACAAAGCAACUGACUCAAAGAAGCAACAGCCAGCACCAGUUCCUUCAGUCGUAGAACCUGUCGUUAGACGGUCUUCUGACAGGAGGAAGGGCAGCACGAUUCCAUCAKCGGRGCAGAUAAGAGACAGCUCUGGGCUGGUGCCGAUGCAGUACCCACACUGCUGCGUUCUGUGUAACAUGAUUUCUAACAACACGAAGCAAUGGGUGUCCCACUGCGACUCCGGCAUUCACAAAGUGAAUAUCGAGAGGCUGAUGGAGGACUUCCCUGAAUGGGACCAUCGAAAAGGUUCUAAAGAUAAGGCGGAUWCCUCCUCGGGGCGUUUGCRUCGCCACAGCCCCUCCCACACUUCAAAGGCAGGCGCGCCCAGCCAUGGAUCUCGCUCCCGUUCACGCAGCCCCCCUCCCCGCCGCCGCAGUUCCAGGGACAGAAGGGGUCUGUCCAGGGGGAGCUCCCGCUCCCGCUCGUUCAGCCCGCGGCGGCGUCACAGACGAAGGAAGUCCAGCAGCAGCUCCCGCUCCAGGUCCAGGUCCAAGUCCCGCUCCAGGCAUCGCUCCAGGUCCAGGUCCAAGUCCCGCUCCAGGCACCGCUCCAGGUCCCGCUCCCGCAGCCCCAGUCGCCACCUCGACUCCAAAAAGAGAACGAAGACAGCAAGCAGUUACAGAUCGCGGCCGAGGAGCCAUGAAAAACAAGCUACAACCAGGCGAACAGACGAUAGACGGUCCUCCCCGAGGAGAAGUCGAGAAAGAAGAUCGUCGCCGGAGAAAUUCGCCUCUCAGCGCCGGAGGUCGACGAGCAAAGAGAAACUGGCCAAAAGGCUCAUCGAAACAGCAGGAGUGGAGGCUCUGUCCAACAUGACUGACCUGGAGGCUCUGGUUAAAACUCUGACUCCAGCCCUGCUGGCCGAGCUAAACAAGAAGAUGCCAUCAUCAUCAUCAUCAUCAUCAUCAUCAUCAUCAUCAUCAAGUGCAAAGUCUGAGCAGAAACAGGAAGUACCCUCAUCUGUGAGGCUGGUGAAACUCAAAGGGGUCUCUCCUGAAAGCACUCACGCUGACCUGCUCAACGCCUUGGAGCUGUUUGGGAAAACCGAGUCGAUCAUUCCARUUAAGUCUAAAGAAGAGGCGUACGUGCUUUUUAAGAACCAGGAAGAUGCCGAGAAGCUGAGGAGCAUAAAGAGCAUCAACCUGAAAGGAAGCACAGUUCAGGUCUGCCCAAAGGAAUGUUCUCUGCCUGCUUCUGUUUCUAAGAAAGAUCAGCUAGAGUUUUCUGAGUCUGCAAGACUGCUUGGAACCAAAUUUUUCUAGCCGAUUGCUGGUGAUCACCAAACUUCCUGGUCCUAAAGAUGACUGCUACUCAGAGGAGGACAUCACUUGUCUGCUCCACCCCUUUGGGUUUAACUAUUCAGUCAAUAAUCUGUACGUUAUCCCUCAAACAGGAACGGCUUUUGCCCUCAUGCCGAGUCCGAAGGAGCUGCAGACGGUCCUCAAAGAGGCGUGGGAUGGGAUUACGUUCAAAGGGUGUGAACUGUGUUUAAGGCCUUGUGAUCAGACCUUUUCAAUGACACCGUUUGGGUUUUACAAAUCUCUGAUGAAACUCAUGCUUUUUGAAGUGACCGACGACGGCAGCCGAACGGUCUUCCUCGAGGGCAUCUCACCCAACGAGACCAAGGAGCUCAGAGAAACUUUCAUCAAAAACUUCUCUGUCAGAAACUUCCUGCCUCUGCUCAAUAAGCUCUACGUAGAAUUUGAGUCGAUUCAUGACGUCGAUCUGCUCGGACUCUGKUACAGCCAGCUGGAUUAUGGCUACAAACACAAACUGUACAGAAUGAAAUCACCAGACUCUCCCAGUAAAUCACCUGUAAAGCCAAAUGUCCCGCUGGGCACCGUCCCACCAUUCUGGAUYACCAUGAAAACUGCUCCAUACGCAUUCCCAACCCUCACCCCGUGGUUCAAGAUUCCAGAAUUCACCUUACUUAGUAAAGUCAAGUCUGUUUCGAAUCGAAACUCCCGUUAUUUGAAGUCUUUCACCGUCAUGCUGACGGGUUUGCCAGAAGAAGGCUACAGUCACGAGGACGUCGCCAAGCUGGUGUGGCCUCAUCUGUUCCCCAAGAGCGUUCAGACUCUGUACUCGGACGUGAUCGUGCUGCCGAUGCAGAGGAGGGCCUUCGUGUUUUUCARCAACWGGUCUUCGUGCAACAAUUUCAUCCAGGACCACCUGCGCAGACCUGCCACCGUCAAUGGCCACGCUCUGAAAGCCUUCCUCGUCUCUGAUCUGACGCAUCCUGGAUCCGAGAUGAGAAUCUAUCAAAGCAUGAUGAAACUGACCAACUCUGAUAAUUCUGAAAGCUUCUGCAUGGACGAUCAAAUUCUGUUUGUGGAGACCUUCGAGACGUCCAUCAGCUUCGUGGUUUCGGUCCUGAAGGUGGUGGCGUCCAUCGCUCCUUUCAACAACUACCUCCCGCUGGGCAACAGGAUCUACGUMGAGAUGAACAAUCCCAAUGAUGUGAACCGAGUGGUUCAGCAUCUAGCCACAGUGGAUUACUCGUCUCAGAACAACAGAUGGUCUGAGGUUGGACGCGUAGAGUCUUUGAGGAGCRUUCAGCWGUACCUGUGGGAAACUGGURAUCUGAGGAUCGAUCUUAGAUUGUUCUUGAAAUCUUCAAAGGMCCAGGCUCACAAARAAAGGCGUCAGAACUGCAAACUCGCUCCUGUCACAGCAGUACUCCCUUCAGGAUUCACGGUUUCACAUUUUGCCAAAGCAGACGGUGCUGCUCUGAAGACUGAUGAGAAACCAGAGACCGAGAUCUCAAACCCAGAGAGUUGCUCUGCGGAUGCAGCUUCUGAGAACUUACCGGACGCUCACAAGUCUCCUGAAAAGGAAGAUGAACUCUCAGGAGGUGAGGUGGCAAAACCUGACCCCGAGGGGGGGUCAAAGCUGGAAACACCUUCAGGGGUGGAUUCACCUGGAGAGGAAAGCAAGAUGGAAGAAAAAGAAGAGAAUGCAGAAGAAGUUGUUCAAAAAGAUUCUGACCAAACUGCUAACCCAAGCGUCGAAGGGGACGAAAAGAUGUCGAAUCAGACCCAACCCAAACAAGUUGGUGUCGAACAAGAAACCAAAAACGAGAUUUCAGACUCCCCGAAGGACGACGCCGCCGCAGAUGAACCGAGCAUCACAACGUCUACAGAAGCAGGAAGUGGAAAAACAGAAGCUGAAGAUGAGGAACCCAAGAAAGACGACUCCCUCACAGAAAGUAGACCCUCACCCUCCGGAGAGUCACAGGAAGUUGGAGAGAAAGCCCCACAAACACAUGUCYCUCUGCAGGAGAGCUGUGAAGCUAUGGUUACUGAUCCCGGAGAGGAGGAAGGUGCUUACUUGAUCAUAGAUGCUGUCGAGGAAGAGGAUGCUGAAGAGGGUCAACCAACAACACAAACACCGAGGAGCGGCGGACYGAUGGAUCCACCGGAAAAGAAAGUAGAGGAAAAGCCUGACGAUGCUGAGAAGAUGGACUCGGCCAAAGUCGAACCCAUUCCAGAAGCUUCAACGACAGAAGUUUCUGGAAGAAAACGAGCCAAAAGAGGAGUCAAAGUGGGUGAAAAAACRCAGAAUCAAGAAACUGCAGCUGAGAGUUCAAACUCGUUAAAGAACGAAGGCGCCGCAGAGGAACCGGUCGUCGCAAGAUCUACCCGAUCGAGACGAGGGAAAGCCAAGACGGACGCCGAAGACGAAAAAACCAUGAAGGACGACGCCCCCACGGGAAGGAAGCCCACACCCAGCAGAGGGAGAACUCCAAAAACAAAAACUCCACAAACACGAGUCCGAGUUCCCGUAGAGGAAACCUCGUCCACCGAGUUGGGCGAAGCCUCGGCCACCGACCUCGGUGAGGAGGAAGGCGCCUACGUGAUCAUAGACGCUGUCGAGGAAGAGGAUGCUGAAGACGAGCCAACAGAAGAAACUACUAAAAGAAAUAAAAAACCCUCUGCAGCAUCUCAGAGCGAGGACAUGUCCUGCGCAGCGGCCGACGAAGACGACCUCUGGCAGAUUCUGGACUCGCUCGACGAUGGCGCCAUGGAUGAAGAGCCUCCUGCAGACGAGUCGACGGCCUCUCAGGGCGACAAGAACAGGAAGAGAGCUGAGAAAACAGCCCAUAAAUCCAAAACAGAAGAGGUUGGAAAGACUGAAGAGGAGGAACACGAACCGAUAACCAGAACAAGAGGCCGACCGAGGAAGAAAGCUAGAAAAGCUCCUGUGAGAAAAUCCACCAGAACAAAACCAGCGAGUGUUGAGAGAGAAGAAGAAGAAGAGAACGAGUCAACACUUCCUGUUUCAGUCGAUUCCUCCUCGACUCCAAACAAAGACUCGUCUGCUCCGUCAGACCUUCAGACAGAGAUCCAGGAGCCCCAACCAGAACCUGAGUCCAGAACUGAAGCUGAGACCCAACCAGAACCUGAGUCCAGAACUGAAGCUGAAACACAAGAAGAGACGAUGGAAGCAGACGACUCUCUGAAACUUGAAAUCACUGUGGACAUGAAUGAAGCGGAGGAAGAGAAACCAUCAACAGCUGCUAAACGUAAACAUGACGACAUCACAGAGGAGAGUUUGGUCUCAAAGAUAACAGAAAAGGUUGAGAAAAACGAAGAGGAGGAAAACGAACCAACAACCAGAACAAGAGGCCGACAGAGGAAGAGAGCUAGAAAGGCUCCUGUGAGAAAAUCCACCAGAGGGAAACCAGCGAGUGCUGAGAGAGAAGAAGAAGAGAACGAGUCAACACUUCCUGCUUCAGUCGAUUCCUCCUCGACUCCAAACAAAGACUCGUCUUCUCCGUCAGACCUUCAGACAGAGAUCCAGGAGCCCACGGUGGGAACAGAACCUGAGAUUGAGGGUCCUGAUGGACCCAAACUGUUAGGACCUGAGGAGGAGGAAGAACAGCUGAAUGAACAAAGGAUGAAGCUCGAAGAGCCUGAAGAGACUUCCUCUCAGGUUCCUGAAGUGGCAGCUGAAUUCAGUCUCACUGACUCCAAACCUUCCAUCGAUUUAUCCUCUGCUGAAGAACCUGCUCCUGAAGACAAGGAGGUUCCUUCAGAACCUGGGAUCACUUCAGACCACCAACCAGAACCUGAGUCCAGAACUGAAGCUGAGACCCAACCAGAACCUGAGUCCAGAACUGAAGCUGAAACCCAAGAAGAGACGAUGGAAGAAGCAGACGACUCUCUGAAACCUGAGAUCACCGUGGAUGUAAAUGAAUCAGAGGAAGAGAAACCAUCAACAGCUGCUAAACAGAGUUUGGUCUCCAUGAUGACAGUAAAAAUUGAAAAACUCAAAGAGGAGGAAAUUGCAGCAGCAGCAACCAGAACAAGAGGUCGACAGAGGAAGAGAGCUAGAAAGGCUCCUGUGAGAAAAUCCACCAGAGGGAAACCAGCGAGCGCUGAAGACGAGAGAGAAGAAGAAGAGAAUGAGUCAACAAUUCCUGCUUCAGUCGAUUCCUCCUCGACUCCAAACAAAGACUCGUCUGCUCCGUCAGACCUUCAGACAGAGAUCCAGGAGCCCGCGGUGGGAACAGAACCUGNUUCAGUCGAUUCCUCCUCGACUCCAAACAAAGACUCGUCUGCUCCGUCAGACCUUCAGACAGAGAUCCAGGAGCCCGCGGUGGGAACAGAACCUGAGACUGAGAGUCCUGAUGGACCCAAACUGUUAGGACCUGAGGAGGAGGAGGAACACAACAGGGCUGAAGUUGUUUGUAAACAAAGCGAGGAGCUCGUUGAACCCAGAGCAAAGAGGUCUCGUUCUCUGUCUCCUCACGCCAUCGCAGACUUCCACCUGCCGCCGUUUGACCCCGACCGACCCCUCGGUGAGGAGUUCACGGUCCGAAAGUGGGCGUUUUUCUGUAACCUCUGCUCCGUUUUCUACCUGAACGAGAGCUCCGACACAGACCUGCACUGCUGCAGCGAGGCACACUACAUCAACCUGCAGAAACAUUAUCAGCAACUCCAGCAGAGACCAUCAAGAGAAUCAGCAGAACUUCUUCCAGGCUCCGUUUCUGACUGACGUCACCGGCUCGCCUGUGUAGGACCACUGAGUUUAAUGUGCAGGUCACUCGAGGAAUCAUGGGAAAUGUAGUUUUCUUUCAUUCUUUAAGCCUGCUAAUUCAUACAACGAUUAAAGAAUCCUGAUAAAAACUGA